GAAUGUAAAAGUUGUGUCACCUGAGCUGAUCUGAGACAAACCUAAUUCCCCAUUCUAAAGAUGGCAGCCUCCUGCAGAUAUUUACUGAAACCUUGGACACCGAGUGUGUGUUUCGUGAGAUGGAGUCGCUAUAAUCCGUACUAUCUGGAUCCUGAUCCCAGUAAAGAUGCCCUCACUGAUUCAGAAUCAGACCUCAGUCCCGAAGAGAAAGAGUUGAAUGAACUUAAAACAGUGAGACCAAUAAAAGCAGCAUCGUCAAGUGCCACAAGCUCCCCUUUCAAUGACCCUGUGAUAAGUAAGUUCAUCAACACAAUGAUGCAAGAUGGCAAAAAAAUCCUUGCUAGAGGAAUCAUGACACAGACGCUGGAGACCAUAAAGAGAAAACAGGUGGAGAAAUACCACAAAUCUCCUCCAGCUAAGAGAGAAGAGAUUGAGUGUAAUCCAUAUGCCAUCUUCCAUCAGGCCCUGGAGAACUGCAAACCCAUCAUCGGCCUGGCCAGUAUUCAGAAAGGAGGAAAAUUUUACCAGGUGCCUGUGCCUCUCACAGAUAACCGCCGGCGUUUUCUGGCCAUGAAAUGGUUGAUCACAGAAUGCAGAGAUAACAAACAUCGUCGCACGCACAUGUAUGAAAAACUCUCCCAAGAGCUGCUGGCUGCCUUCGCCAACGAGGGAAACGUGGUGAAACGAAAACACGACCUACAUAAGAUGGCCGAAGCCAACAGGGCAUAUGCCCACUACCGCUGGUGGUAGAGAAAAGGAAGAUCUGGACUUCUAAUCCACCAUUAAGGUGGGACCCUCUUGUUUAGACUGGCUGCGUCAAGAGACUUGGUGGACAUUGCUCCAAACAAAAAAGGACAUGCAUGCGUUUUUCUUGACUCAUAAAUACAGAUUGUCUUUGUGUUAAAAUAAAACUAUAAAUAUUGUCUCAUUUCCAUCAUUGAGCAAGAAUUCACUACAAGGUGUCACAAUGGGAUCUACUGUACAUUAAAAUAAAGACAACAAAUCUGUUUUAGGGGAUUAAUGUAGCCAAAUGAAAAAAUGAAAUGAAAAUAAUUCUGUGUUCAAUUAUUUAUUUAAAACUGUUUUAGUGGCAUCAAGAUAAUUACAAAAGUCUUUGUCUAAUCCAGAGCCCCAGGAAACCAAAAACCAGUUGGACAGGAGCUUAUUAUAUACUUUCAAAAUAUUAAUUUUUUUGCAUCAUCAGUAUCACUGUGAAGAAAUGUUUGUUGGUAUAAAAAAAUUAUAAAAAAAUAAGUAUUAAAAGAAGUAUUGUAGUGAAAUGUAGAACCACAAAUAGGCCUGUUGUGCCUCUUGCAAAAAUAAAUUG